CCCGACCGACCGGUCCAGCCCGUCUCGCCCUCGCCCAAACCCCCACCCAAACCGAACCAGCGAAAGCUCCCCUGACCCUGCCUGCUCCGCGUCCGCCCCUCCGAUCGCAGGGAAGAAGAAGAGGGAGAUGAGCUACUACGGCCAGCAGCCCCCCGUCGGCGUCCCGCCGCAGCAAGGCUACCCGGGGAAGGACGGCUACCCGCCGGCCGGCUACCCUCCGCCGGGGCAGGGCUACCCGCCGCAGGGGUACCCGCAGCAGGGCUACCCACCGCCGUACGCGCAGCCGCCGCCCCAGCAGCAGCAGAGCAGCGGGCCUUCCUUCAUGGAGGGAUGCUUGGCUGCCCUCUGCUGCUGCUGCCUCCUGGACGCCUGCUUCUGAGAGGACACUCGACGACGAAUUCGAGAUGACUGGAAGUGAAAUGAGACUACCUCAUGGAAGAAAUGGCUUGAAAUGCUAGUUCUCUUUAAAAAAUCGUCUAUUUUUUCAGUUCUCUUUUAUGGAACCCUGCAAUGAGACUCCUAGUACUAGUAUUCUGUCGGUGUUGAUUGGCUGGUGGCUGGUGUGUAUUCUGUGGAUUGCCGAGUUUCUGGUGGAAUUCAUCCUGGGAUUGUGGAGUGCGCAAAUUGGUGUUUUCUCCGUA